UCUCAUCAGUGUUCAUGAUGGUGGUCUCAUCAGUGUUCAUGAUGGUGGUCUCAUCAGUGUUCAUGAUGGUGGUCUCAUUGGUGUUCACAAGAAUGCCCUUAUCAGCCAGGAGAAGGGUCUGAAGAUGAGGUGA